AUGAGCAGCGCUCGGAUGGUCAACCUUUUCAGCACAGGAGCUAAAAAGAAAAAAGAGGUCACAGUCGACGACUCACAAGCCACACGUCCACAGGGGAACACACCAGCUGUGCCCGCCGUGCGAAAGGGUGUUUCCUCCGGAAAGCAAGUUACACCCAAAGAGAUGGACGAGCUGCCGCAAUUACGUGAUUAUCCGGCCGCAAAGCGCGAAGCCCUUUUUGAUCAAAAGCUUGAAUUGUGUUCCUAUGUAUUCAAUUUUGAGGAUGCAACAUCGAUGAAAAAAGAGAAGGAAGUCAAACGACAGACAUUGCUUGAGCUUGUUGAUUAUGUGAAUACAUCAGCUGGUCAAAAGAUUUUUACGGAGCCAUCAAUGCCCGCAAUUAUGAACUGCGUGCGUGCAAACAUUUGUCGAUCAUUACCUCCACAAACAGAAGACUACGACCCCGAGGAAGAUGAACCGGUGCUUGAACCCUCCUGGCCGCACUUGCAAGUGGUUUACGAGUUUUUUCUGCGCUUUGUCGUGUCAUCUGAAGUCAAUGCCAAAGUUGCCAAGAAGUAUGUCGAUGCAAACUUUUGCUACCGUCUCAUAGAACUUUUCGACUCCGAAGAUCCUCGAGAACGAGAUUAUCUAAAAACAAUUUUACAUCGAAUCUAUGGCAAGUUUAUGAGCCACCGGUCAUUUAUCCGAAAAACGAUAUCGAAUGUGUUUUAUCGCUUUGUUUACGAGACCGAGCGGCACAAUGGUGUCGGCGAGCUACUCGAGAUUCUAGGAUCCAUCAUCAAUGGCUUUGCGAUCCCACUAAAGCGCGAGCAUCUGCAGUUCCUACAAUGUGCACUGAUUCCACUCCACAUACCCAAAUGUGUCACCCUUUAUCAUCAGCAACUCUCCUAUUGCGUGAUUCAAUUUGUUGAAAAAGACCCAGAUACCGCAGUUCCUAUCUUAAAUGGUCUGAUUCGAUAUUGGCCUUGGUCAUCUUCGGCAAAACAAGUGCUCGUUAUGAACGAACUUGAAGAGAUCCUCGAGCUUCUUGGCCAUGAGCCACUGCUCCUCGUUCGCAACGCACUGUUUGAGCUUAUUCGCAAAUGUCUCUCCUCUGAACAUUUCCAGGUCACCGAACGUACCCUCUUCCUGUGGAACAAUGAUCAACUAAUUAAUCACGGCUGCCUUUCCAAGCAGCAUGCUCCAACCUUGCUACCGAUCAUUUACACAGCUUUGGUCGAAAAAUCCGAGAAACACUGGAACGCCACCGUCGAGGGUCUUGCAACGAACGUACUGAAAGUCUACCAAGACUUCGACAUGAAGACGUACAACGCCUGCAAAGAGCGUGCCGAAGAAGACGCUGCGAUGAAGAUCGAGAUUGAAGCUACAACGCAGGCGCGAUGGGAACAAAUUCAUGCCCUUGCGAGCAAGAUGCAAGCCUAACUUCUGUGUAAGCUUAAAAAAACUAGUCAAGUUUGCCGUUGUCAAUCAUCCCGUUCAAGCCAAUAUUCAGUUAUGUCGCACAAUGAUUUCAUACUACUUGCUACUCGGACCCACGGGUGCUAGCCGUCGGAUCAAAGCUACACGGCGGUCGAGAUUCUCGCUGACAAGCACCCAUGCAGAAACCAAUGGGGUAAGUUCGCAUGGGCGCCGUUGCCCUGGCCGACGGCCGGGCCCCCGAGGACACGCUCUGACUCGCCAAUACAGCGAUAUUCCCCCCGGGGCGGGAGCCCGCGGGAAUACGGCGCUUUCUAGUUUGGGCCCCGCUUUUGGACCCCACCCGGGGGCCCGGUGCAGAAAUUCUACACGGUUAGGUGGGGCAGCGACUCGGGCUAGACUAAGCUAAAGGUAGAUGACCGGGGGUC